ACUGAACACUACAAUUUCAUCACAAAUACACACACAUACACACACUAAAAGAGGCGGGAAAGGAGUGAACCCUACCUGAGCGACUGUGAAACCCUGCCUUCUUGAAAUCUCAAAAUACUUCCUCUAAAUCUCUCUCCAGAUGGGUAUAAAGGGUUUAACAAAGCUUUUAGCGGACAAUGCCCCAAAGGCCAUGAAAGAGCAGAAAUUCGAUAGCUAUUUUGGCCGCAAAGUCGCCAUUGACGCCAGCAUGAGCAUCUACCAGUUCCUUAUCGUUGUGGGAAGAGCCGGCACUGAAAUGCUUACCAACGAGGCUGGUGAAGUUACAAGUCACUUACAAGGAAUGUUUACUCGUACAAUCAGGCUUUUGGAAGCGGGGUUAAAGCCAGUUUAUGUUUUUGAUGGAAAGCCUCCGGAGUUGAAAAAUCAAGAGCUGGCUAAGCGUUACGCGAAAAGGGCAGAUGCCACUGCGGAUUUGAAUGCGGCCAUAGAGACUGGCAAUAAGGAAGAGAUUGAGAAGUUCAGCAAACGAACAGUGAAGGUGACUAAACAACACAAUGAUGACUGCAAAAGACUUCUAAGACUCAUGGGAGUACCUGUAAUUGAGGCUCCUUCUGAGGCAGAGGCACAGUGUGCAGAACUUUGCAAAUCAGGAAAGGUUUAUGCCGUGGCCUCUGAAGACAUGGAUUCUCUAACUUUUGGAGCUCCUAGAUUUCUUCGCCAUUUAAUGGAUCCUAGCUCAAGAAAAAUCCCAGUUAUGGAAUUUGAAGUUUCGAAGGUUUUGGAGGAACUGAAUCUCACUAUGGAUCAGUUUAUAGACUUGUGCAUUCUUAGUGGAUGUGACUAUUGUGACAGUAUUCGAGGUAUUGGGGGACAGACUGCUUUGAAGCUUAUCCGCCAACAUGGCUCGAUAGAGAAUAUACUGGAAAAUAUAAACAAAGAGAGGUACCAAAUACCAGAUGAUUGGCCAUAUCAGGGGGCUCGACAACUCUUCAAAGAACCAUUGGUCUUUACUGAUGAUGAACAACUUGAGCUUAAAUGGGCCGCUCCUGAUGAAGAAGGGUUGAUAACAUUUCUGGUUAAUGAAAAUGGCUUCAACAGUGACAGAAUUACGAAGGCAAUAGAAAAAAUUAAGGCAGCCAAGAACAAAUCAUCACAGGGCCGAUUAGAAUCAUUCUUUAAACCAGUCAUUGGCACUUCAGCACCCGUUAAACGGAAGGAAACAUCCGAGAAGGCUGAAAAGAAUACUACUAACAAAAAGUCCAAGGCUGGCGGUGGUAAGAAGAAGUAGUUGAUUUGGCUCUGAAGCUUUAAAUAGACUGAUGGACCUCUUGUAUUCUCAUCAGGUUUGUUGUUCCCGAAUCAUUUAGCAAUUUGGUAUCUCGUGCUACUGGAUGAAAUGUCGAAUCUACCUGUUUGGUCAUGGUUGUGAGAUUCCACAAAUUGAUUAGAUUUGUAUUUCCGAGCCUCCUGCUUUUUUUUUGCUGUACUUUGGACUUCAUUAUGUUCAUGUGUAUUUGUUGAAUGUUUAUGGUUUUAUCUUCGUAUUCAAAAUAGAAGUCCCCGCCUUUCCAUA